CGCUGCGUGCUUAGUUGCUCCACGUGUUCCGCGUCAGUACAGCUGUGUUGUGUGGUGCCGUGCCGAUUCAGAAGUCCGGCCCAUUCCUGCCAUCCGCUAGCAUAAGGCGCACCAUGGAUCCACCGGAGAAGGAGCAGGAGGACUUUGACAUUUCGCGCCGUGAUGCGAAACGGCUGGCGGAACCGCUCAUUAAGGCUGGCUACGCGGACGGGAUCGAUGCCGGGCGGCAAACGCACUAUCAGCGCAAUUUUGACGAGGGCUACCGGAAAGGGUUUGCGGAUGGAUUCGGGCACGGUCAGCAGCAGGCACGCCGCCAGCUAGAGCAGCACCAGAGGCAACAGGCGCACCAGCAAAGACCGUGCUAGCGGGGAACGAGUUCCCUUUUACCUUUUGAUUGAAUGGAAGGCACCAGUGGCCUGGUAGGCGUUAAAAAUUACGGUUCAGGACAGAUGAAAGCGUUAAAAAUAAAAAAUCGAUUAAAGGAUAAA